AUGUCGACGCCCGUCGCACGGUCCUUCCUGACCGAUGCCGACCCUCUCCAGCCGCCCACACCGCGGGCGAGCGGUUCUUCGACUCCCGAUCCCUCGUCCCUCUCCUCGUCCCCACUUCCCGACACGCCCAUCUCGUUCAAGCGCAGGCAGGCUUCGUCGUCGCGCAACGUCCGCGACAAGGCGGCGAGUUUGCUAGGCGGCUUCCUCUCCCGCAACAACAGCGACAUGGACCCGACUCCUCCCUCUCUCCAGCGACCGGACGCUCCCACCCACAUCACACUGCCGCGAAAUCUCGACCAUCGAGGACUUUCAGACUCGGGUUUCUCGCAGGCUGUCGCGGACGAAGAGGAGGACGAGGCGCAGUUGACAGCCACGGAGGACGACGGCGCAGCAGCGAGGAGCGGGUUUUCGGCGGCUGUCACGGGCGGAAGGAGCUGGCGGAGACGUCAGGGUGCUCAGCCGCAUGGGAGAAUUCCGUCGUUUGCGGCGGGGCGGACGCGGAGAUCAACGGGGACGGGCAUGCUCUCACCAAACUACGCGAAAGAACCCGGCCUGCUCUCGCCAGGUGCGGCUUUCGGCGGAGCUGGGGCAGGCGGAGGCGGAGAUGUCGAUGAAGAUAUGGACUCGGGACCCAUCGUCGUCACGCCUCUCCCCAAAAUCCCGAUUCUCGUGCUCUCGAUCUGCAUGCUCGGGGAGUUCCUGUCAGCCAGUGUCUGCGCGUCCUUCCUUUUCUUUAUGGUGGAGAGUUUCGGAGUUGGAGAGAAUGGCGGCGGCGAGUCGGCGGUGAGCCUCUGGACAGGCGUCGUUUCGGCGGUCUUCUUCCUCUCGCAGUUCUUGACCGCCAUGAUCUGGGUCUCCGUUGCCGAGAAGCACGGUCGACGGGCCGUCCUCUUCGCCUCUCUCGUCGGUACAGGCUGCACCGUCAUGAUCUUCGGCACAUCGAAGAAUCUCGGCACCGCUAUUUGCACGCGGCUCGCGAUGGGCCUGUUCAACGGCGCCGUCGGAGUUGCCAGGAGCGCCGUGCAGGACGUGACGGACGAGACCAACAGGUCGACGGCGUAUACGAUCUUGGGCUUGCUUUGGGGAAUGGGCGGGAUUGUCGGAUCGGUUCUAGGCGGAACUCUCGAGCAUCCAGUCGAGAAGUACCCUCGCUACUUCGGCGACUCGCAGUGGUUCGUCGAGUACCCCUACCUCCUUCCCUGCCUCGUCGCGGGAUCCGUCACCCUCUUCGGCGGCUUCCUCUCGCUCUUCCUCAACCGAGACGGCGGGCAGCGUACAGGCGGCAUCCACCUUCCGACCGAGAAGGAUGUCGAGGUUGCGGCGAGUCGGCUCAGCAGGGCGAAAGACUGGCUCGCCGCUCGCCUCUCGCCCCUCUUUGCCAAGAUGCCCCGCUUUCCUCACCGACCACCCAUCCAGCUCUCGCAAAGCAGCGCAGCCGUCUCCCUCCAUACGCCUCCUCAAGGCGCACCUCCGCCUCUCCCUUCUCCUACCGACACCACCGCAGAACGCAACCCGCUGGCAGAGAGGCGCGCCUCGGUCCGACAGUAUGGCUCGGCGUACGGCUACAGCAGCAGUCGUCGACCGAGCCAGUCGGGCUUCGAGCGCGACUCAGGCCUUCGUAUUCCCUCGAUGCGGCGACGGCAGUUCCGCUCCGUCUCGAUGGCGACUUCGGCGCGCUACGAUCCAGAAAACGAGGUCGACCACUCCUUCGCCGAGCGUCUUCUGCUGGCGAACAAUCAAGCCGUCUUCAGCCUGAGCGACGUCUUCCUCGCCAAAGCGGCUGCCGACGACCAAUUCACGGCUAUCGAAUACGAAGGUUCGGUCUUUGAGCGUGACGACGACGAGGAGUCGCGGAUUGAGGGGAUCGAGGCGGACGCGAACUCGGAGUAUGGCGACGUCGGGUUCGGCACGGCCCCUCCGUCGAUGGAGGACCUUCGCGGCGAAGCUGCUCGGCAGGCUGUUCAGCACGACAAGGACGCGAGCGCAGCAGCAGCAGGCGUCCCUCGCCCAACCUCUCCCGUCUCUUCCGCCGCACCUCGCCGCGCCAACGCACUCGUCUCGCCCAAUCGCGAGCGCGUCGUUUCGUACGCACCAAGCGCGCCCCGACUCCGCCGCUUCUCCAACGCUUCCUCCGUCCGCCCAAUGUCCAUCUACUCCAACACCGGUCUCGCGCCCGAGACGAUCGCCUCUUCCGCCGCACAACUCGUCGCCGUUUCCGCCCAGCAGCCGAACGAGUCGGCGUUCGCGCCGAUGGCGGGCAUUCCCGAGUCUCGACCCGCCAGUAUCGUCGAAUAUCCCAACGAGGCAUCGGACGCAGGAACCGCUGUUCCCGAACCAGGACCCACAGCGCUGCUGUGGUCGCUCCCGCUUGCCAUGAUCUGCCAAUACCUCUGUGUCGGUCUGCACGGGACGGCCUGCGACCAGCUGUUCACCUCGUUCCUCGUCACGCCUCUCGCAAGCGGUGGUCUCGGCUUGACGGCGGACCACUAUGCCAUGCUCGUCGCGAUCAUGUUCUUCUUCUCGAUGGUCUGGCAGUUCAAGUUUUACCCGACCGUCGGUCCUCCCACCGGCCCCCUCAGCCACCUGUCAAUGUUCCGCCUCGGCCUCAUCCUCUACGUCCCGGUCUACCUCCUCUUCCCCGAGCUGCGCGGCCUCAUCGCCGUUGAGGGCGAGAACGGCCUCGUCUUCCUCGGCAUGGUCGUCCUUAGCGCCUUGCGGUAUCUCGCCAACGCGUGCGCGUAUACAGCCGUCAUGGUGUUGAUUAACGUCAUGACACCUGCCGAACUCGUCCCUCUUGCGAACGGACUGGCGCAGUCGUGCAUCUCGCUCGCCCGCUUCAUCGGCCCGCUACUCGGUGGAUCCGUCUUCGCCGCAUCAAUCGCCGACCCGCAGAACGCGCAUCCAGCCGCGGGCUUCCGCCUCAUCGCAGCAUUCUGCUUCGCCGGCUUCGUUUUGUCGUGGCGGAUCAAGUGA